AUGGCGGACGACGAGCUGGACCAGGACAUUCUCGACUCGCUGGAGCGAGAGGCUUCAGAAUUUACCAAGGAUGCGGAAAUCGAUCGCAUCCGCAAGGCAUUCUCUCUCGAUGCCUACGCCGUGCUCGAUCUCCAGCCCGGUGUGACUGAGAAGGACAUAAAAGUCCAAUACCGCAAGAAAUCCCUCCUCAUUCAUCCCGAUAAGACCAAGAACCCAGCCGCGCCCGAUGCCUUCGAUCGCCUCAAGAAAGCGCAAACGGCCCUCCUCGACGAGAAAGAGCGCACCUACCUCGAUGAGUGUAUCGCCGACGCCCGGCGACUCCUGAUCCGCGAACACAAGUACACGGUGGACUCGCCCGAACUCAAAACCGAAGAGUUCAAGGUGGAAUGGCGGAAGAAGGCCACCCAGGUGCUUCUCGAGGAAGAAGCCCGGCGGCGUCGCCAGACCAAGGCACGCAUGCAGGAGGAAGGUCGCGAGAAGCGCAAGGAAGAAGAAGAGUUAGACGCGCGCAAGCGCAAACGGGAUCAGGACAAGGCGUGGGAGGACACUCGAGAGGAGCGCAUUGGGACCUGGCGGGAUUGGCAGAAGGGGCGCAAAACUGGAGGCGAUGAGAAGAAAAAGAAGAAAAAGAUGAAGGUACUGGGUUGA